AUGGCUUCCGAGGACUCCGCCGUGCCUUUCGUCGUGGACGAGUGCCGGGGCGUGCUGUUCGUUUACAGCGACGGCUCCGUGGUGCGCCGGUCCGGGCCGGGCUUCGCGACGCCGGUGCGGGACGACGGCACGGUGGAGUGGAAGGACGUCGAGUUCGACGCGGCCCACGGGCUGGGGCUCCGGCUGUACAGGCCGCGGGAACGGAACCAGCAGCUGCUGCCGGUGUUCUUCUACUACCACGGCGGCGGCUUCUGCAUCGGCUCGCGCACCUGGCCCAACUGCCAGAACUACUGCCUCCGCCUCGCCGCCGAGCUCGGCGCCGUCGUGGUCGCCCCUGACUACCGCCUCGGCCCCGAGCACCGCCUCCCCGCGGCCAUCGACGACGCCGGCGCCGCGCUCCUGUGGCUGGCGUCCCAGGCGGGCGGCGGCGACCCGUGGCUCACCGAGGCCGCCGACUUCAACCGGGUGUUCGUCUCGGGGGACUCCGCGGGCGGCACCAUCGCGCACCACCUCGCCGUGCGGUUCGGCUCGGCCGCGGGGCGCGCCGAGCUGGGCGCCGCCACAGUCAAGGGGUACGUCCAGCUGAUGCCCUUCUUCGGCGGCACGGAGCGGACGAGGUCCGAGGCGGAGUGCCCCGACGACGCGUUCCUGAACCGCCCGCUCAACGACCGGUACUGGCGCCUGUCGCUGCCCGUCGGCGCCACGGCGGACCACCCGGUCUCGAACCCGUUCGGGCCGGACAGCCCGGCGCUGGAGGCGGUGGAGUUCGCCCCCACGCUGGUGGUGGUGGGCGGCCGCGACAUCCUCCACGACAGGGCGGUGGACUACGCGGCGAGGCUGAGGGCGAUGGGGAAGGCCGUGGAGGUGAAGAACUUCGAGGGGCAGCAGCACGGCUUCUUCACCAUCGACCCCUGGUCCGACGCGUCCGCCGUGCUCAUGCGCGCGCUCAAGCGCUUCAUCGACACGGACGGCCGCUUCGACUAGGUCUUCUCAGCGCGUCUCUGCAUGCCGCCGGCCAAUCGCGCGCGGCGUCUUUCGAUCCACUGCCUGUAUGUUUUGCGUUUGCGUCUCCGUGCUUGUCCAAUUACGUUGGUGCACUCACGUGGAGUACUUCUGAUUUCUGAAGACGAAAAUCAG